CAGCAGUAGUGUUACAGUUUAUCGGCAGCAGAAGCAGUCGCAGAGGGAGGAUGGUCAGACACAUGUUCUCUAAUCUCCUACUACUCUGGUCACUCAGCCAUGACCUUUACAUGACUGGACUGAAAUAUGAUGAGCCAAAGGAGCAGUCCUGGAACAACCAGAAUCUCCACUCUGUCCCUCUGGAUUUGGAUGUAAGGCUUCGAAGACUAGACCUGUCCAAUAACUUCAUCAGACAGUUGCACACACUUGCUUUGCCAUACUUGGAACAGCUGGACCUGAGCUCCAACCAGCUGGAUCUCAUCUCCGAAGGGGCUUUUGAAAACCUGGCUCGACUUGAGGAGUUGAAUUUGUCCAGAAAUGCACUGAACAACAACCUUGGCAGAAACAGCAAAGCCCUCCAAUCCAUCAGUGGGCUGAAGAGUUUGGACAUAUCAAUGAACGGCUUGAGUGAUGAUGCAGUGGAAGUGUACCUUCGAAAAAAAUCUUCUCUUGAUCAACUUAAGUUGACUGGUAAUGCAAUGACAAGACUUUCACCCAACUUGUUCAAAGAGAGUAAAAGUCUGAGGGCCAUUACUAUCGAUAACAAUCAGAUAUCAGUGAUAGAAAAGGGGACAUUUGAACCACUGGACCAAUUAGAGAUGCUCAGCUUGGCCCAAAACAACCUCGCACAUAUCUGCGAUUUUAAAUUACAUCAAGUUAAAUAUCUGAAUCUCAGUCAAAAUUCAGUUGAGUUCUUUGUCACACGUGAAGAUGACCACUUGUACAGACUUGAAAUUCUUGAUCUAAGUCACAACAAACUUAUUUAUUUUCCAAUUGUUCCAAAGAUGAACCGUCUGAGGUAUCUUCAUUUACAGAAUAAUAUGGUCGGUGCCUUAAAUUCAGAGGCCACUAUGGUAUCACAGGCCAAUGCUCUUUAUAGGGAGAUGAUGCGUGAGAGAACAGCUCGAAAAAAUAACCUACAUGCAAACUGGAGGCUGAUGCCACUGAUUUAUAUUGACUUGAGCUAUAACCACUUUAGGUCUUUCCCACUGGAGACUCUAAGUCAUCUCUUAUCUUUAGAAACUCUGAAUUUCAGUUACAACUGUUUGCAAAACAUCACUUGGAAUGUAAGAAAAAAUGAAUCUGGAUCCCAUCGGCAGCUUUUCUUCCCCUCCUUAAAGUACCUCGACCUGCAGAGUAAUGGACUUGCAUACAUUUCACCAUUAUUUGUCAAUGCGCUCACGCAAAUAGAGACAUUAAAUUUACAAGACAAUUCUGUGCAACCAUGUGCCUCCACGGACCAAAUCAAAACAUCCUGUACCGUUUUUGGGCAGUUAAAGACACUUAAACACCUCAACCUUAAAGAAAACAACAUCAAGAUGCUUCACCCAAACACAUUUCAAAAAACCUCUUUGGUUUCUCUGAACCUUGCAAGGAAUUCACAUAUGGGAAUGCAAGAGGGCUCAUUAGAAGGUGUGCAGAAAACUCUUCAGUCCUUGAUCAUGAGUGAAAUAAACAUGAGCAGCUCUGAUCUGUCUUUACCCUGUAUGCCAGCGUUAACGGAGCUGAACAUGUCCAACAACCACCUAGACAUGAUACCCAGCAGUCUGAGCUGCUCUCCUUUGAGAGAAAUUGACAUAAGAAAUAAUCAUUUUGUAUCUUUAAACCAUUCUUUGAUUCUUGCUUUAUCUGUAAGCCUCAAUGUUAUGUAUAUUGGUGGGAAUUAUUUUAACUGCUGUGACAGUAAAUGGCUGACAAAACUACAUGAGCUGAAAAUAAAAGUGCCUGAUGUCAGCAACACGGUAUGCUUUACAAGCGAUGAAAACAUUGUGAUGACAGAGUAUCUGAAAAACCCUUCAGAGAAUUGUCUGUUUCAUUCAAAAGCGCAGAAAAUUCACGCUGGAACAAUGAUCAUAAUUGUUUUAUUUGUAUUUGUAAUAUGCACAGUGUCCAUCAUAUUCAUCAGGAAGGUGUGUUGCACACAGACAUCAUUAAUAGUGUGAUAUUUUUAUUUUGGAUAUUGAUCUAUAUAUGUACAUAAGUUACAUAAAGGGAUACAACUCAGAAACUGGAUGGCAAAGUAAAAUAACAUAAUUCCUGUGAGUUUCAUUUUUCAUGAUCCAUUCUACUAAAAACAGAAGUGGGGCUUAACGGCUACUUAGACUGUAAAAACUAGCAGACUUUUAGUUAAUAAAAUGCAGUAAAUCUUUGCUGUCUGACAUGUUUCAAUCCUCAUCUUGAUUCAAGCCAUUGUUGUAUGACUCCCCCUGCAAACUAUUAGUCCAGUAGAACAUGCAUCACGCUGUUUGACCUGUGCAGCCAAAAUGUUAUGACUGAAAUUGGCUUUAUCAACUCCCAAGCCGUUUGGUUAUGGUGCAUGCCAAAUUGCUAAUCAGGCGGAGAAUUUUUGCCCAUCCUUCAUUGUGAAAUAUUUGUUUGCAACUAAAAGUUUGACCUUGGCUUGAAUUUGUAUGACGCCUUUCAGGCCUUGCACAACAUUCCCAGAAUCUAACCUCUUAAAUUAAAUGCCAAUAAGAGACCUUAUACGAGUUUCUGUGUAAACAUAUAUUCUAAAGACAUAUAUUCGACGCUAUGAAUUUACAAGAUUCGUUAUAUACAUAUCAUUCUCUACAUAUGUUUGUGUUUUGUUAUGUAUAAUUCAUGCGGCUCUGGCACUGGUUAUCAAAUACAGUGGUUAA